AUGAUCUCCGGCAUAGACGAGCUAAACUCUGAGAUCGAACCUUCAUCGCCUUGGGUCUCGACAGAUCCCCCCUUGAUAGGAGUAGGUCUGAGACUCAUGGCGCAUCUUGAUUGGUUUUAG